AUGCCUCAUCAUUCAUCACAAAGCUCUGCUAGACCCGCAUCUGAAAUGCCAUCAGUGCACUCUCACUCUCUCUACAGCCCACAAGGCAUUCCAUCCGAGGCAAUGAGAGGCCACACAGUCGCUCACAUCAUGCGACCGAAUAAUUCACAUGGACCUUACUCCAGUCCACCGUGUUAUCAUCCCACUGGAAUGGUCACACCAAUGAAGCAAAAUAGCUGGAUUCACGGUGCGCCAAUGAGCCGUUCGAUGCCCACUCUUGAAACACCCAAGAGUGCAGAUAGCUUGGAUCGCUCUACUUCUACCAAACAAGAUGACAGCACAGUUGCAACGCUUGCUACUGAAAGCGACGAUCUUGAAAAGCGUGAACAAGCUACUGCAUCGGCUCUCCUCAUGGUUUCCGGCAAGGUUAAAAUGGAACCACGGACUGAAAUAUCCAACGCAUCCACUACUUCCACCACCUCCAACGUGCCUCUGAAAAAGAGGAAAAACCUCGGCUUCCUUCGACCAAAGACGGAAUCCGUCUCUACUAGCAGUCAUGACCCUUGCCACAUUAGCCCUGUUUCCCAUUCAUCCUUGGAAAGCGGCGGCCGAACCAUUAGCAAGGAAGAGGGAUCGCCAGAACGAACACCUGCCUCCACGGUGCGCACUGAAUCUUACGAUUCCAAGGAAUCGCCGGUAGGAAACCUUGCCGCCGCUCAAACGCUAUUGGAAACUUCCAAGAUUAACAGCACCACUGAAAUUGCACCUCCAACGCACGUUUCAGUGCCACACUUUCCAACGGUUCUGCACCAAGUCCUUGCGGAUGAGGCCUGUGCGGGUUCCGUGGUCCAAUGGACGGAAGAGGGGGAAGCUUGGAAGGUGUUGAGAUGGGACGCUCUUCGCCGCCAAGUCCUUCCAAAGUACUUUGCUGAUCUUACCGAUGAGCACGGUAGGGGAAGUGGAACCAUUGAUGCUUUCUUGUGGCACUUGACUGCCUGGGGAUUUGAAGAAAAGCAAGAUGGUUCCUACCGACAUGACUUUUUCAUUCGUGGAGCUCAAAAGCUCUGCAGCAAGAUGAGAUCGAGUGGCAUCCCAGGUGUCAUUCAACAGGGUAAGGGGAUUCUAAAGGCUGUCUCUCCUCUUCGCAGUGACAGAUCCAUGCUGGAGGUUCCUUCUCUCUCUACUUCUCGCCCUCAACUCGAGAACACUGUGGCCAACCACCCCAACAAGCGCGCAAGAUAUGCUCUUGGUGGCUGGGCUCAACGCCCACAAGAAGUUGUUGAUGCUUCCGGCUGGGGAAGAUUUUACCCGGAAGCCCAACAAGUGGGUAUGAGACAUGUUGCUGGCCAAUACAUUAGCUACCCAAUGGCACACCCUGCCACUCCGUAUGCUCCACCUCAUCCACAAGUUACCAGAUCUGGAAGAGGCCGAAUGGGAAUGAGCCGAUCAGCUGCUGCGUCUCCCAUUCCAUCCACACCAAUUGCACGAUCUGCCUUUCCAGUUUCGAACCGGGGCAAAGGUCGAAAAGGUGGCAGCGUCUGCCGCUCUUCUCUUCCAAGCCCUGUCACGGUUCCUGCUGGACGCGCAUCUCCAUUGAUCUCGUACGAGGCACCCGACAAUGCAUCAGAAGCAUCCAAUGCUGCUGCUCGAACGAACAAGCGCAAGCUACCUCUUGCACAAAAGACUGUCAUGAAAUAA